AUGCGUUCUGCGGUCAUCUUUGCCGCUUUGGCGGUCGGCACUUGUGCCAAGGUUAUUCAGAAGGAGGUUUAUGUGACUGAGUGGACUACCACUACUGUCACUGAGACUGUCACCCAGUGGCCCACCGCCGCCGCCAACACUGCUGUAGUGGUCAAGCAGGACCACGUCAACCACCACACCAAGCAGGCUGCCCACCCCACUGUUGACCUUUCCAACAAGGCCCCCGUUGCGGUCGAGACCGAGGCCGCUGCCGCUGCCGCUUCUACUACUGCUGCCGCCGAGGUUGAGGAUGUGAAACCCACUAGCACCACUUCGUCUUCGACUACUGAGGCUGCCACUAUCCAGGCUGUCACCACCCGGGCUUCCACCACCGAGGCUGAAGUGGAGCCAGUGACCACCUCUGCUGCUCCCUCGACUACCUCCGUCGCUACCACCGAGGCUGCCUCCACCACCGCCGCUGCUACUGCCGCCCCUAGCGCUGGCACCUCCUACCAGGAGUCCAUCCUGCACUACCACAACAUUCAUCGCCGGGAUCACUCUUCCCCCGAUUUGACCUGGGCCGCGGACCUCGAGCAAGCUGCCAACACUCUCGCCUCGCGUUGCGAGUACGGACACGACACUUCCAUUGAGGCCUCCAGCGGAUCCUAUGGUCAGAACAUCGCAUACGGUUACGACUCGGCAGAUGUCGGCGAGAAGAUCAUCAGCGAGAUGAUGUACACCCGGGAGGCACCCUACUUUGACGGCCUCUACGGCCAGGCCAACCCUGAUAUGACCAACUUCGCUUCCUGGGGCCACUUCACUCAGAUCGUCUGGAAGGGCACCACUACCGUCGGUUGCGCCACUGUUAGCUGCCCCGAGUUGAAGAAUGUUGGUAGCGCCGCCCCCUACACCGUCUGCAACUACGGUCCCCCAGGUAACUUCGGAGGCGCCUACGCCGAAAACGUCUUGACCAAGAGCUCGUAA